AUGGUAUUGGCACAACUACACGAAACAGACAAGGCUUUGGCAGAUCUUGUCGAAUAUGGAGAGGGUGCACAAUGCAACAUAGAACAUAUGAUAGAGUUAGCUAACAGUAUUGCUAAGAUCACUGAGUUAUCUGAAUCCGAAGUUGCAGCUAUUAUGACAGACUUAUGUAAAGAAGAAGACAAGGAAAGUGACAAAGAACGCGAAAAAGAAGAAGACACAUUUGAAGACAGAGGAGACAAUUCAAAAAACAAUGUAGAAGACAAGAAUGGAUACACAGAGGAAAACAGAUUAGAUGACACGGAACAGGCGAAAACAGAACACAAAGUAGAAGACAAAGAAGAUGAUGUAAAGAACACAAAGGAAGACAAAGUUGAAGAAAAAGGAGAGAAAUUCGAACACAAUGGUGACGAUAGAGAAGAAGACGAGGAAGAAGACAAAGUAGACGACAAGACAAAAGUAGAAGAUGCAACAGAAGAAACAGUUGAAGAAAAGGAAGACAAAGUAGAAAACAAUGAUGAGAAAAACGAAAAAGACAAGGAAGAAGACAUAGUAGAAAACAAAGAUGAAGUCAAAAAAGAAGAGGAACAAGAAAACAAAGUAGAAGACAAAGUUGAAGUCAAAAAAGAAGAGGAACAAGAAAACAAAGUAGAAGACAAAGUUGAAGUCAGAAAAGAAGACGAACAAGAAAACAAAGUAGAAGACAAAGUUGAAGUCAGAAAAGAAGACGAACAAGAAAACAAAGUAAAGGACAAAGAAGAAGUCAAUCAAAAAGAUGAAGUAGAAGACAAAGAAGUAGACAGAGAGGAAGACAAAAUAUCAAAUGCAAGGACAGUAGUAAUUUAUGAUAUAGAAGAAAUAGUAAGAAAGGCUGGUGUUAAAGUUGAAGCAAUGAAACAGGGUAUUGAGCAAUUGAAAGAAAAUGCUGCGUUUAUUGAUGAUGAUGACAUAGACAAAUGUCGUGAAGAUUUGGAAAAAAAUGUUGCGAAUGGCGAGGAUCUAUUUAAAGAAGCUCAAUCAUUUGUUAAUGAGCUGAAGACAGUGACUGAGAAGUUGAAUGAAAUUAGUAAUGAUGACAUCUCUUUAGCAGAAAAUGAAAGCGGUCUAGCUGAAGAUGUUUUAAUGUGGAAAAAGAAGAUAGAGGAUGUAGUAAGUGAUGCACUUAAGCUUUCCGAUGAUACUGAUGAUAAUGUGAAAAAAGUUAAGGAAAUGAUAGCAAAAGAAAAAGAAACAAAAUUAGCUCUUCGGGAGACAGUAGUAACGAUUACCAAAGAUGCAGAAAGUCAUGCAGAAGAGGUUGAAAAAUUAGAGAGUGCUGUAGACAAACAGAUUGGGCAAAUGGAACAAACUGUAAAAAGUAGUGGUUUGGAUGAGUCAGAAUUUCUUUCCUUAAUUAAAGAGAUAAAAAGCAACUUUGUAUUACUGCAAGAAGAGACAAGCCGUACUAAAGAAAGUCACCAAUCAAUCCAAAAUAAAGCUGAUGAAAUACUAGAGGUUGCAAAAAGUAAAUCGAAUAGUGGUAAGAUUAGACAAUUGAUUGAUGAAUUAACCAAAGCAGAAUGUAGCCAGAAACUUCACGCUGCAAAAAAAAAUGCAAACGUAAUAUUUGAAUGUAUACAAAAGAAAAAUAAGGAACUGAAACUACAGCAGGAUAAAGCCCUGAUGAAUGAUGAUGGUUGGAAACUCUUAAAAGAAGUAGAAGAUAUUCAACCAUCCUUUGAUGAUGAGCUUUAUAAUGCAUGUGGUUUGCUAGCACAAUGUAAAAACUUAGCAUAUGAAAUCGAACAAGAUAGUGCAGAACAUAAAAAGCUUGUGAAAGAGUUGAAAGAAAUGGUAGAAUUACUUAAGGGAUUAGCAUUUAACCUAGAAAAGUCAAUUAAACAACUAAAAAGUGCAACAGAAGAAUUAACAAUAGCAAAAUCUGAACAAGAAAAACCGGAGAAUGAAGAACAACUAUUACAUGCAGUCCAGACAGCAAUGAAAGUUACAGAAAGUGAUAUUGGAAAAGUGAGAACCAAUAAUAAAUGGUUAAAGGGCCUGGUAGCUAUAGCAGAGAGCACUUCAAAAAGGCAAACAAUUUUAAACAAGAUAAAAUAUCAGGUAAAAGAAUCACAUUCUGCUCAAGAAGAAACUCAUCGACUGUAUAAGGAAGUGUGUACUAAUGUGGACACAUUCAAGAGAGAAGUUGAGGACAGCCCAGGUGUCAAGUUAGAAUAUGAGUGUGAAAAAGCAGCUCCAAGAAGAAAAACAUCUGUAGCUGUGAAGAAAACAAGGCGAGUGUCUGUAGUCAGUCAAGUAUUGAAUAUUGAAAAACCAAAUUCUGCAUCAAAACAAAUGUCAAACAUCAGUGACACACAGAAUGCACUACUCAGUUUAGACACUAGUAGUUUGGAUGAUGGAGUCAUAAAAGUAAACCCAGAAAUUUAUCGAGAUGUUGAGAAAAUGGAACGAACAUGUCGAGACAACAAUCUUAGAUUGAAAGAAUUAACUGAGACUGCAGAAACCAUAGCACAGGAGGCAAUGGAUAAAUAUAAGAGACGAGAGAGUGAGGAAGAAAUGAAAACUAUUUUUGAUAAAGCAGAAAAGAAUUUUACGGAAGUUCACCAGCUUCAUGGGUCUGUGCAAUCGCUGUCUUCUGAAAUAAAACAAUUCAUCUCUGACUUUUUAUCAGGACUAGCUUUAAAAAAAGCAGCACAAGAUGCAAAAAAAUCAGCAAACGUUGCAGAGGGGGCUGUUGAGUGGCUUAAUACAUGCGCAGAAGCUGCAAUGGAAACAGCAAAACAGGCUCUGUGUCUGAAAGAAGAGUUAGAUAAAUAUAACAUUGAUGAUGAACAUUGCAAGGAAAGGUUAGAAUCCAUACAUAUGAAAUCCAAGGUUUGUUCAGAAAAAGCAAAAGAACAUGUAGAUAAGUCCAGGGAACACAUAAAAGCAGUUUAUGUGGUAUUACACGAAUCUGGGUUGGCAGAAAGUGACAUAAAGCAAAAAAGUGUUGAAUUAGAGAAGAUGGUAAAUGAAACUAAUGCUUUGGCUUCCACGACAGAGAGUGAAAUUGAAGAAUGCCAUAAAGUAAAAAUGGAAGUACAGAAAAUGAUUAAUACUGAGAAACGCAGUCAGGCAGUUCAAAAGGCCCAGGCGAACUUAGAAGUUGCUAGAGAUGUUCUGAAUGAGUGUAAUAGAAAUGGAAAAGAUGCCAUAGAAAUAAUUGACACAAUAACUGCAGCAGUAGAAGAUUGUGGACGUGAUACAGAUGAAGCCAGAAAAGCAAUUGAACAUGUGAUUGAAAGUUUGAAGUACCUUAAAGAAAGCACAGAGAACUUGAUCAAGACGAACAAGGCCAGUAGUAAAGUCAUCGACAAACUACACAUUAUGACCAGGCAAGAGAGGUUUCCUGCAGAAGAAAUUGACGAGAAAUCGACUGAAGUUAAUCAAUGUACAACAGUUAUGAAGGAGCAUACUCAGACAGUUAGUAAGGCGACCAGCGUAGUCAAAACAUGCUUUGAGGAAAUGAAACAGAAGAAUCCCAAGAGUUGGGCAUGUCAUAAGUUUUACAUCAACAAUGAAGAAACAGAAGACCAACUUCUAUGUGUUAUUAGAACGCCUCCUGGUGUAUUGGAUGACAUUCACAUAACAUGUAGUGAGGCCAGUAAUCUAAUGAGAAAUGCUGUAGGUGUCCAUGACCAACCAUUCAGCCAUGUAGUGAAAAUAGAACCACAAAAUGUGAAUCUGUCGAAAUUUGCCUUAGUAGCUAUUCCAUUUGAUACUUCUUUGCGGGGUAGAGACAGAGAAAUUGUUGUUAAAACUACAGUGAAUGGAAAGACGUGGAAGUUGACUCCAACAAACUCAACUGAUAGGUCAUUUGAUGAAUUCAAGGGGAAAACAUUUGCUGAAGUUCGUGUCAAUAGAUUCUCUACAUUCUUUGUGUUGUCUCGAUUGGUGCGAGAAAAUGCUAGAAUAGAGCGGCAAGGUGGCAACUUGACAUCAUCAAUUGAACGCAGAGUCAGUAUUAACUUCCCUCCACAAUCAUUACGUACACCAAUUGAUGUGUCUUUAGAGUUGAAUCUAAUAGAUGCAGCUUCAAUUUCACAGCUACGAGAGCGCCAUCCGUCCUGCAUAUACGGCUUAGACACUUGUAGUCCCAUUGUUUUUGUAUCUUGUUCCGCUCGUCCUCAGCUUGUCAAGCCCAUGACAUUGAGAAUUCCACUCCUGAACUCCUCGCAGAAAUUGGACGAGAAAUCAAAAGGGUCUUCUUCAAGGCCAUCUACGCAGCAGGGGAAACGAAUGCAACAAAAGGAUGCAACUGCGGAAUGUGUUCCUCAUGUAUUAGCAAGAUGCGCCAACCAAGAAGAAUGGAAAGAAUUUGCAUCAGAUGAUAUUAACAUGACAAUACUGAAAAACGAUGUGGUGGAAUUUCAGUUAGAAAAUAUUCCUGAUGCAUUGUUACUGCUUAUGUCUCCACCAAACAGUCGCACCAGUAGAACAGGUAUGGCAACAGCACUGGAGAACUGGACACGGACCUCACUUGUGAAUGUCAUACUACAUCAACAUGAUGACGAGAGAGAUCGGAUGCUGUUGCAGAUAGUAUUGCAUGAACAAUGUGACUUGGUCGAAGAUAGAAUGAUUAAAGACGGUUAUGUGGGUCCACCUGAUCCAAGUAGCGAUAUAGAACUACGAGAAGAACAGGAAAUAGUCGUUAAAUUCACCGGAAAUAUUUGCAGAGCUGACGGAGAGGAAACCAGGCUGACUUUCUAUAAAGGACGGACCAAUCGAGUACAGUUUCUAAUAAAAGAGUUAAAUUUGUAUCGUAAUUUUGCGUCGGACUGUCACAUCGGCACGGCUCAAGUGUAUGUUUGUGAAAAAGAGCAACUAAAUCAAAAUGAGGACCAGGUUGAAAUCAACGAAUCUCUUCGAUUUGUUGAAAAAAUGACCAUUACUCUGCCUAAGGCAGAGCCUCCACCACCGAGACCGAAGACAUCAUGUAAGACGGCGGUGAAGUUGACCGGCCCACUAAGUGAAGAAAGUUUAAAGACUCUGGCCAGAGAACUCGGCGAAGACUACGAGUUACUUGCACCCCACAUAGGGUUCGACCAACCGAAGAUUCAAAGAGUCAAGUGCGAUAAUCAGUUGGAUACAGAAAGUCAAGCGUUUGAUAUGUUAAUAUCGUGGAGAAACAGCGAGAGACGUUCAGCGGAUAAAAUCGCGAAACUUUGCCGUGCGUUAGAGAAGUCUGGUAGAUCUGACUUAUGCGUGUAUCUGGGAGGGCGUUCUAGAACAGCUGCCAGCAGAUUGAGUGUUACAGAUACAUCGGUUAGUCACGGUCGUUUGAGUGUCGCCGACCGCGGUCGUGUAAGUAUAGUUGACGCACCUGGACGGCUUGGUACCGCGGGUCAUCGACGGGAAAGUGAAUCUUCGGGGGAAAGAUGA